GGCUGGGCGGGGCGCGGGUCCGCAGACAGCAAGACUUAUUGCCCCGCUCCACCCGGCAGACUGACCAGGGAGCGGGGGCGGGGUCGCCCUAGGGGGCGCGGGCGCAGGUGGCCCGGCGCCCCGAGGAGCCCUAGGGCCCUGGAGCUGCGGCGCUCGGCGAGUCGAUCCGGGAUCGGUAGCAGCUCUGGUAGCACCAUGUCUCGGGCAGCGGAGGCCCUGCUAGCCGGCCGGGUAGCGGUUCCAGGGGGCCCGGCGGGAGGCGCAGCGUCAAGGCGCAGUAGCAGCUAGGGCGGGCUCGCCGCCAGGCGCCUCCUGGGUCCCCCGCCCUCGAGACCCAACUCCAGCCCGGGAACAAGUUGAGCUGGCGACGGGAAGCCGGGUUGCAGGACCACUGGCCCGCCAUGCCGGCGGUCAAGAAGGAGCUCCCGGGCCGUGAAGACCUGGCCCUGGCUCUGGCCACUUUCCAUCCGACUCUGGCGGCGCUGCCACUGCCGCCGCUGCCCGGCUACCUGGCGCCACUGCCUGCCGUGGCCGCGCUGCCUCCGGCAGCCUCGUUACCGGCCGCGACCGCUGGCUACGAGGCUCUCUUGGCUCCGCCGCUCCGCGCCUCGCGCGCCUACCUGAGCCUGCAUGAGGCCGCCCCACACCUCCACCUGCCCCGGGACCCUCUGGCCCUCGAGCGCUUCUCGGCCACGGCGGCCGCGGCACCGGAUUUCCAGCCGCUGCUGGACAACGGCGAGCCAUGCAUCGAGGUGGAGUGCGGCGCCAAUCGCGCGCUGCUGUACGUGCGCAAACUCUGCCAGGGCAGCAAGGGUCCGUCCAUCCGCCACCGCGGCGAGUGGCUUACACCCAACGAGUUCCAGUUUGUCAGCGGCCGCGAAACGGCCAAGGACUGGAAGCGCAGCAUUCGCCACAAAGGGAAAAGUCUGAAGACGCUUAUGUCCAAGGGGAUUCUGCAGGUGCACCCUCCGAUCUGCGACUGUCCGGGCUGUCGAAUAUCCUCCCCGGUGAACCGGGGGCGGCUGGCAGACAAGCGGACAGUCGCCCUGCCCCCUGCUCAAGUGCUGAAGAAAGAACUGACCCCUAGCUUCUCAGCCAGUGAUGGCGACAGCGACGGGAGUGGGUCGGCCUGUGGGCAGCGGCCAGGCUUGAAGCAGGAGGACGACCCACACGUCCGUAUCAUGAAGAGAAGAGUCCACACCCACUGGGACGUGAACAUCUCCUUCCGAGAGACGUCCUGCAGCCAAGACAGUGACCUCCCCACUCUCAUAUCCAGCCUGCACCGCAGCAGCCACCUCGUGAUGCCCGAGCACCAGAGCCGCUGCGAGUUCCAGGGAGGCGGCGUGGAGAUAGGCCUGGGCAGCGCAGGUGACCUGUUGGGCAAGAGGCUGGGCCGCUCCCCCCAUAUCAGCACCGAUUGCCCCUUGGAGAAGAAGGCUCGAAGCAAGUCCCCCCAAGCAGAGACUCUGUUACUGCCGGAGCUGGGGCCCAGCAUGGCCCCGGAGGGUCACUACCGCAGGCUGGUGUCUGCACUGAGUGAGGCCGGCACCUUCGAGGACCCGCAGCAUCUCUACCACCUGGGCCUCCCCAGCCAUGAUCUCCUGAGGGUCCGGCAGGAGGUGGCUGCAGCAGCUGCGAGGAGCCCCGGGGGCCUGGAAGCCCACCUGCCCUCAUCCACACCAGGUCAACGUCGGAAGCAGGGCCCUGCUCCAGCUGGUGCCCCGUCUUUCUCAGAGAGGGAACUGUCACAGCCGGCCCCCUUGCUGUCGCCCCAGAAUGCCCCGCACAUCGCCCUGGGCCCCCACCUCAGGCCUCCCUUUCUGGGGGUGCCCUCGGCUCUGUGCCAGACUCCAGGUUUCGGCUUCCUGCCCUCUGCCCAGGCGGAGAUGCUCGCCCGGCAGCAGGAGCUCUUACGGAAGCAGAACCUGGCCCGAUUGGAGCUGUCGGCGGAGCUGCUGCGUCACAAGGAACUGGAGGGCGCACCCCGGCCACAGCUGCUGGCGCCGGAGGCCACGCUGCGCCCGCCCAAUGGCGCCGAGGAGCCGCAGCGGCGCGGGGCCAUGCUGGUGCUGAGGCACAGCUCUGUGCCGGCUCCGGGUCUGCCGCCGCAGGGACCCCCGGGCCCGGGCCCUCCCACCCCGCCCCGGGAGCCCGCCCGCCGAGCCCCUCGAAAGGGGGGCUCCAGCCCUGCCUCAGCCCCACCCAGUGAGCCCAAAGAGAUUGCUGGGACUGGGCUCUGGGUUCAAGAUGGGUCUGAAGAUGAGCCCCCCAAGGACUCAGAUGGAGAGGAUCCUGAGAUGGUGGCUGUUGGAGGCCAGGGCCCCGCCUCUGGUCCAGGCCUGACUGCAGGGGCCAGCUCAGAGGGGAAGGGGCUUCUCUCAGGGUCCAUGCUGCCCCCUCCGCUGCCCCUGGGCUUGCCCUACGUCAGCCCCUACUUCCACACAGGAACCACGGGGGGCCUCUUCACGGACGGGGAGGAAGCUGUGGCCCCCGAGGACGUCAGCAAGUGGACAGUGGAUGACGUCUGCAGCUUCGUGGGGGGCCUGUCUGGCUGUGGUGAAUAUGCACCGGUCUUCCGAGAGCAGGGCAUUGAUGGGGAGACCCUGCCCCUGCUGACUGAGGAGCACCUCCUCACCACCAUGGGGCUGAAGCUGGGGCCCGCUCUCAAAAUCCGGGCACAGGUGGCCAAGCGCCUGGGCAGAGUCUUCUACAUGGCCAGCUUCCCUGUGGCUCUGCCGCUGCAGCCACCAACCCUUCGGGCCCCAGAGCGGGAGCCCGCCUCAGGGGAGCAGCCCCCGUCCCCAGCAGUGGCCCCCUCACCCUAUGGGGCAGGGCAUCCCGCUGCCAGCCGAGCCUCCCCAGAGCCAGAGAGUGGGGCGGUGGCUCUGCUCCCCGGGCCUGUGGAUCCCUCCCAGCCCCUGUGCUGAGUUGGGGGUGGGCUGCUCAGGCCCCUGCCCACCAGUGCCAGCUGCUGCCAAGCAAAGGCUCCUCCCCCACAACUUAUUUUCCUUUGGUUUUGGAAGCAAAAACACAAGUUUUGAAAGGAAAAUACGUGACUUAAGAGGAAAGGAAUGUUUCCAAAGAGACUGGGGGUGACGGCUGAGCCCAGUGCAGAAUCCGAGUCUGGGCGCCACAGAGAAACCAAAGACGCGCGGCUGCGCAGGCCCCGGCCCGGCUCCCUCUGGACCUGGGGCUGCCGGGAGGGUUGCCGGGACCCUGACCUUAGGCAAGAGGGGCCUGCCGCCCUGGGGGCUGCAGUGGGCAGGCUCCACAGUGCAGGUGUCAGUCCCCAAGGACGCCACUCCAGGGAUCAGCACAGCACUUAAUACUUUCUGGUAUUUUAUGUUGUAAAAAUAAAGCUCCAUCCAGAAUCUA